UGUUGGUAUGGUGUGAGGACAUUAUGUUUGUCUAAGUGGUUUAUGAUGUUGCUACAUAUUAUGUGUUCUAGGAUUUUACAUGUGAUGCUGUUGGCAGCUGCCAGUAGUGAAGGUGGUACUUCCGGUUGUAUACUAAUUUGGCUGUUUAUAUUUCUGUGACUGAUUGAGAUCUUGUCUUCAUGUGGUCUUGAGUCAUCUUUAUUCUCAUUCAUUAAAAUUUUUAUACAUGUACAAAAGCAUGGAUAAAUUGAAAAAAACUUUGAGUUUACGUGAUAGCGAAGAGGACCAAGGAAUAGUAACUCAGAAAUCAAGUUUUUUUAAUUUCGAUUACGAGAAUAUCAGUGAUGCUACAACUUUAAGUUGGUCUACAAGAAUCAAAGGAUUUAUCAUUUGCUUUGUUCUGGGUGCAGUGCUUUCUGUGUUGGGAAGCUGUUUGUUCUUUUUACCCAAGAAUGGAGUCAUUAUUUUUGCAGUUUUGUAUACAUUGGGCAACUUGCUCUCACUAUCCAGCACAUGUUUCCUGAUGGGCCCAGUGAAUCAAAUCAAGAAAAUGUUUGCUGGAACAAGAGUAAUAGCUACUAUUUUAGUUUUUGUCAUGAUUGCAUUAACUUUAGUCUGUGCAUUUGCGGUGAAAAAUAAACCUUUGACACUGGUAUGCUGUGUUCUUCAGUUCUUGGCCUUGUUGUGGUAUUCAAUAUCUUACAUUCCUUUUGCCAGAGAUGCUAUCAAAAAAUGCUUUAGUGCUUGCUUGGAGUAAAUAAAACAAUUUCAUGUUCAGAUCUACACAUUAAAUGAUAUUUAUCAAAGGGUGGAUGAAUCUAAUUAGAUGUGUGUGCCUAUAAUGUUUGCAUUUAUGUUACAUGUGUAUGACUGGGAUGAAUGAAAUGUUAAGUCAUAUUCAGUUUUACAUCCAAACUCCAGCAGGAGCAACAGCUUAUUAAACUGGAUCUUUAGUUUAAUAAACCAACAUUGCUUGGUGUUCUUAGUUUAAAGGAAACAAUUAUCUAGAUGGAUUUGUAGAUUUGAAAACUCAUUUGAAAACUUCAUUUCUGAGAUUUAAUUAGAUUCAUUAUUGUAUUGUGCUACUAAUUGCAGCAUUAUCAUGUAAUAUAUCAAAAACUUUUCAUGUGACAAAACUAUGAACACAUAAGACUUACUGUUCAGUUAAUAUUCACAUGGACACUUACUACUAGUUACUUAUAGUCUGUGGUUCUCGGUACUUCUAAUCAGCUUGUUUUUGCUGAGCUGUUGGCUACUGUGCAGAUAGCACACUACUGAAGUAGCACCAUGUCCUUCCUAUUUGCUCUCAAAGACUGUGUAGCAAGACUAGGCUGUUGAAGCAAUCAGCAACCUUUUUUAGUGAUGCAUUUUUUUUUUAUAAACCAAUAAAAAAGUAUUCCUUGAUGGAAAUGGGAAUCCUCUAAAGUAACAUUUAGUCUGAACUUAAAUUCCCUUCGUGUUAAGUGCUGUAAUAUUACUUAUUGUUUAGAAAAUAAGCAUAUUUUGUGUUUGUUUGGUUUUUUUUUUUUUUGUUUUUUUUAUGCACUCAAUAAGAAAAAAAGCCUUUUAGUACCAAAAAAAAAAAAAAGCUAAAGCUGUUUAAUUUUUAUCCUUAUGUAUGAUUAUUUUUGCUUGAAUUUUUUAAAAUUUUAUUUAAUUUGAAAUAUUUUGUUCAUGCAUGAUGGUUAUUUAGCAUAUUCAUAAUAUCAGGAUGUUUAAUAUCAGAUUUGGUGUGCGAAUCUUUAUUUAUUUAAUACAAAAUGUAAAUAUAUUGACAAUUUUGCUAAAGCAUCUAACACUUCUUUAGGAUAUGUGAGAUAAGUUUCAAUUUAUAUCUCAUUUAGUUUAUAUGUAUUUCAAAUUGAACUUAAGUCAAUUUUUUAUUUUAAGAAUGCUGUAUUACCAGUCCAAUCAAACAAGCAGAAGUUAUAGGGCAAUUAUUUUCUUCACAUUAAAAAUGUUUAUAAUUGUAAACUAAGUUGAUAUCUUUUAAAACAAAAAAUCAUUUGAAGACAAUUUUGUGAUUCAAAUGCAUGAUAAAGAAAAAAAAACAUCAAUUAAACUAUCACACGCUUUUCUAUUAAAAAUGCAUGCUUCUUUUGACAAUAAAGCUUUUUUUCUUUUCCUACUUAUACAUAUGGGUAUUGUCCUCUUGGGAUCAGGUAGGGACAGAUUGAUGUUUCCCUUGAUGUUGAAAUAUAAGCAUUGUUUUGGAUUCCAAAGAUAGGAGUACAGUAUUUCACACGCCCACACAAACCCAGUAAAAAUAUCAAUUGCUUGAUGUUUCAUCUCCUAAUUAAGACUUUUCAUACUUUUUCACAGUGGCACCUGCAAAAAGAUCAAUUUUUUUAAAAAAUAUUUCUUCACCAAAGCCAUUCUAAGUUUCUCUUGAAGUCAAAAUGUUAGUUUUCUUCCACAUGAAAUACCAUUACGAUAGUUCUGUUUGAUAUCUUUUUCUUAUGAAACCAUUUCUUCUAUAAAUCAUUUUGCUGAACACAAGGUGGUUUCAUAUUUACAUGUUCUACUGUCUCCUUUCACGCUUCUCCUUUCACGCUUCUACAUGAGCUAGAAAACUAAGGAAGAUACAAGCAUUUGUUUGUUUUGUUCAAGAAGGAUACACAAUGUAAUAAAUGCUGUUGCUUUGUGUUAUGGUAAGUUGGAACAAAUGAACUCUGCUGUUUGUUUCAUGCUUUACUCUCAUCGUCCUACAAUAUACAGUGAAGUUUUUGGGCCUAAAUUAAGGAAAUUUUGUACAGUAUACAUAUUCUGCUUUGACUAAUUUGUAAGAAAUAUUUUACAAAUUAUAUACUAACUUGUAUUUUAUAAGAAAUAUAUUAAAAAUGCAUCUUCUGCAGUGAGUUAAUUACAGUGACUCAACUGUGACCUGGUAAUAAUUAGACAUUAGAAGCUCAAUUGUUAUUUUGAAAAUAUUUACUUUAAGCCUUGACAAAUACUAUUUACAAAGAUGUUCUCUAUAAUAUUGGAAAAAAAUAAAAUCUGUAUUUUACUAGA